GGUGUGGGUAACAGCUGGCCAGAGCGUCUACCUCCCAUCUCCCUCUCUGAGUCUUCUCAUUUUCAAACACCAAAGCCAACCCCUCUCCUCUCCCCCACGCCAAAACCCCACGCGUCUUCUUGGCUGCGCUUCGGACGCCAUGGCUGCGCCUCGCUCACAUUGCUCAUUCACCGCCAGUGAGCCGAUGCUUAACAGGGUAUUCGAGGCUGCGUUCGGUGAUCUCCCCCUCUUGAAGCGGCUGGUGAUGACGCUCGACAUUGGCAAGGGAAACCUCAAGGAGGCGGUCGAGGCGCUGAGGGUGAAAGAUGUCGGGGAGCUGGAAGGUCUCGGGGUACUGCAUAUCGCCGCUUGCAGAGGGAGCCUGGAGGUGUGCCGCUACCUGAUCGAGGAGCUGCGGGUUGAUGUGAAUGUCGUCGACAAGGAAGGUAGAACACCUCUGAAGUUUGCGAUAUUAUGUCGUAAUAGUGUGGCCAAAUAUCUUCUUGAUCAUGGUGCGGAUCCAAACAGAGCCAGCCAUGAUCGGAUUUACCCUCUACAUGAAGCAGCUCUGAAAGGAGAUUGUUUAACUGUUGAACUAUUGCUCGCGAAAGGAGCUUAUAUUGACCUGGUAGCUAUUCGUGGGACACCACUUCAUUGCGCUGCUUCUGGAGAUCAUGAUAGCACUAUGAAGAUUUUAUUGGACCACAAUGCAGAUUACAACAAGAUGGUAGAUGGUAGGACGCCUCUCAUUGCAGCCGUAGAUGCUAACUCAAGGAAAUGUACACUUCUCCUGUAUAGGGCUGGUGCGGAGUUCAAGGGAGCUUUAACCUAUUCUGCGAAGAAACUCCAUUCUGAAAAAGUGGUUUCGAGUGACUUCUUAGAUUGCAUAAUGGAGGAUGCUGGAGCUGACUGUAUUGUUUCUGAUGAUGAGCCUGUGGUCAAACGGAAAAUUAGAGCAGCAGGGUAUAAGAGAAUGGGGAGUUAUGCUUUCAAGAGAAAGAAUUAUUCUGAUGCAUCAGGAUGCUACAGUAUGGCAAUUGCGUUUGAUCCUGAUGCUACCGUGCUCUCGAACAGAAGCCUUUGCUGGCUUCUGAUGGGUGAUGGAGGCAAGGCUUUGCUAGAUGCCAAUGAAUGCAGAAAAAUGCGUCCUGACUGGCCAAAGGCUUGCUACCGGCAGGGUGCUGCUCUGAUGUUGUUGAAGGAUUACGUGGGUGCAAGUGAACGAUUCUUGGACGGACUCAAGUUGGAACCAGGGAACUCUGAAAUCGAGGAUGCAUUACGCAAAGCUUGGGAGGCCAUGAAGAUAUCUCAAAACAGCAAGGCUGAUUGACAGUUUUGGUGUUCCGGGGGAAAGAUAUCUGCUUCCUAGUCGUGGUUAAGUGUUUCGCUUAUCUCCUAAAAAAAGUGUUUCGCUUAUUGCAUGAAGGCUAUGAUUUCCUGAACUUAUUAAUGCCGUUAUUAGAGAAUUAACGUUUUGCUGGAAUGCUAUGAUUUCCUGAACUGAGUAAUGCCGUUAUUAGAGAACUAAAGUUAGUCAUAUAUGCAUUGGCGUGUCAUGUUUACGUGACUGUCGGUGCAGUAAUA